AUGUUUGCCUCUCGAUCUCAAGCUGUCCACCGGUCCAUGGCGCGCCACGCGUCCCGCACCUUCUCGUCCACCGAGACGGCGGCUUCCGAGCGCCUCAUCAUCUUUGACACAACGCUCCGCGACGGCGAGCAGUCGCCCGGCGCGACGCUCAACUUUCAAGAAAAGAUGCACAUCGCCAAGGGCCUCCACGCCAUGGGCGUCGACGUCUGCGAGGCCGGCUUUCCAAUCGCAUCGCCCGGUGAUUUUGACGCGGUCUCGGCGAUCGCCCAAGAGAUUGGCCCGCUCACGCGCGCGGCCAACGGCGACCUCAUGACCAUCUGUGGCCUCGCGCGCUCGACUGAGAAGGACAUCCAGCGCUGCUACGACGCC